AAGACCGAACAUUCUGUUAUUUAUCGGCGUCGGCGUCGAACGCCGAUGUCUACCCAGGAAUUUCUUUGUUCCGCGUUGAAUCGGAACACUUUCAACUGGUACGCGCGGUUGCGCUGUUUGCUUGGAUCGAGAGACGACGACGCGUCGUUCUGGUUCGCUUUUAACCUGUUAAUCGAGUAACUUUCCGAGCCUCGCCUCUCGUAUCGAUGGAAUUAACGUCGAGCGAAAAUAAUAGAGUACACCUUGAUUUGUUUCACCUAAAAAAGGAGCGAAGUUACAGAGAAAUGUUUCAAGAAUGUUUUACCUAGCAUCGAGCACAGCUGAACGAUAACAAUGACGAAUAGAGGGAGCCUUGACGAAGUGCAUGGAAAGAGUACUGUAACGAAUAGAAAAAUGAAGGUAUCUCGGAUACGGGAACCUUCUAUACUGUAUGUAACAGGUUAAGUGUAGGAGAAUUCAGAGAGAUUUUCGUAACGAGAGCUGCAACUGGGCAUGGAAUAAUGAUUCAGUGCUCGAUACGGAAUAAUGAUGCGUGGCUAUUUGCCCAUCCGAACAGCGGGCACAGCCCGAGAGAAGCGUGUGUCAUCCACGAUGCUUGACAUGGCUUGGCACGCGUGGCCAAGAUGGUGGUGGUAAUGGAGGCACGAUAGUCGGACCCGUCUCUCUUUCGUGUCACCGUCUCUCGCCUCAGUGUUCCUCUUUAAUUCCUCGCUGGGCUUCUCGGAGGGUGUUUGUCAUUGAUGAUGCCGAGUUAGUGAUGGGAACUCAUUGUCGUUGUGUUAGUCUUGCGCAUCGUCUUCGUCUUGGUGAGAUUGCUAGACGGUCGGUGUAUCUGUGGGAUCGCUGCUGCGCCGUCCAAAAAUAGAUAAAUGAACGAGCAGCGUGCCAUCCUUGUUGUCGGUGGUUCCACGCACUCCGUAACAAUGCACGAUUAUUAAAAGGUUCGUGGCCGACUGCGGAUAGGAAUGGAGGUGCACAAAACCAGCCAGGAGAUAGUGCACGAAGGGUGGCUCAUUAAAUCGCCACCCACGAAACUUUGGCGAGCGCGAUGGAGAAAAAGGUGGUUUACUCUUCGACAUAGUGGAGAACUACCAGGUCAAUACUUUUUGGAAUACUUUACGGAUAAACGUUGCAGGAAGCUGAAAGGUUGUAUUGAUCUUGAUCAGUGUGAACAGGUAGAUGCAGGACUGAGAUUCGAGAACAGGAAACAAAAGUAUCAAUACAUGUUCAAUGUUAAAACACCAAAAAGGACAUAUUAUUUAGUGGCAGAAAGUGAAGCUGAUAUGAAUAAGUGGGUAGAUGCAGUGUGUCAAGUAUGCGGCUUGAAAGCAUACACACAAGACGAAGAACAGCAAUGUCAAAUGUUCCAGUUUGAAACUCAAGAGUCCCCACCUAUUUCACCCACUAGCACUAUCUCUGGCCCCUACAUUCCCAUCAGCGAAUGCAUUUCUGGUCGUCGUUUAAACGACACUAGCUCUCUUAAUUCGACUCUUGGUCAAGGACCAGAACAUUACGAUGCCCCAAGGCGACUAGCACCGUCUCCUCCUAGAUCUCCUACAACAACCGACGCGGAAAGCGUGUUCACCGACGACGAAUGGACUGCUCCCGUGCCUAGUGUCAACUGGGACACGUUACCUUCAUCAGGUGAAUCCAAACAACCGCAAGGUUCAAGCGACGCUGAAAUUGGAUCUUGGAGCGUCAGAAAACGAUUCGGCAAGCUGGGGAUCGUUGAUUCCGCUGUACCUCCUGCCGUGGAAAAGUUACCAGCACCUCCUAGACCACCGAAACCUCCGCAUAUGUUACCUGAAAAUCCUGGUCAUAAUUAUUUAAAUUUAGACGGUGCAACUGAAAGUUCGAAGCCUACAACACCGGCCACUCCUGCACCAUCGACACCUGCGACUGCGAUAAUCACCGACGAAUCGUACGAUUUUCCAAGAUCUCACCAACCCGGACAAGCACCCGACCCAGCCGCGAUCGAGCAAUCGUCUAAACAUUUCUACUCGAACGCUGCGCCUAGCAGCGUGGAAGAAGCGCGUGUGUUCCGUUAUGACUUUCAAGAGGAGGAACCGUCCAGUCCUCGUUCAGAAAGUUCAGCAACAGCUACGUACUCUAAUUUACCGAGUCCUCUGGUUCGAGACAAUUCUGUACCAACGACUGCGGCUCCGCCACCACCGGUCGUGUACCGUGAAUUGAAGCCGGGAAGAAAGACUAGCGAUUCUACAUCAAUUAUUAGCAACGAACCUUCUCCAGGACCAACAAUGCCAGUUCUGGAGACGAGCUCCGCGGAACACUCUCCUGCUGAACCACCGAGUAUUAACAGAAAGCUCAAACCACCUUUAAACAAAUCUCCCGUAGAAGGACCUUUGCAAUUGGCUUCUCCACCUGGAAGAGGAAGAAUUAGAGCAGCCCCUAGUCCAACACCGCCGACUCAUGUGCAUUCGAAUCGACAUCAGUCAACAUCAGACGAAGAUAACAACGCUUUCGAUGAUAAAGAAGAGAUAUAUUACUAUCAAGAUCAAAAUACUUUCAUUCCUGCUUCGAAUCGGCGCCUCGUUGUUCUACAAUACUUGGACCUUGAUUUAGAAGCAACGGAGAGCUUCACAUCUUCAAGUUUACCACCAACUCAGUCACCGCCAAAUACGACGGUGUACAAGACAGUGGAUUUCUUAAAAACUGAAGCGUUUAAUCGUACUCGCCAGCGAGUCGAGGAAGAAAGGAAACAGUGUACGGACGAGCUUGCUUAGCGUGAGCUUUUUAUCUUUGUUAAAUGUUUCGAGACAACAAAGAUGGAAGAAUCGCAAACGUUUCUAUAUAGUGCAUAGUACUGUUACUAUUUUACUAGCACUCUAUGACAGUUAAAAGAUUGCGACGCUUACGCAGUACUUGGCGACUCUAAUGACGCUUUUUUUAAAUUUUUAUGUUUGUUAUGAAAUCGAAGAUACUUUCGGAUCUUCGUUAUUGCUGAUAUACGACUAGUUGGAAACCGAAGAGAUAGCAAUAUUCAAUGGACCAAAAAUGUAACGUUAAUGUUAAGGAAACAUGACGAAGAGAUGAAAGAACGCUUUUGCGGGACUUUACUCGUUGUAUCGGAAUUUGUUAAAGAAUUUUUAAUUAGAAGAGUAAGUAUUAUUAAAUUUUAGAUACGAUCAUUGUUUUAUAUAGGUUUUACAAAUAUGACUCAAUACGAGAAAGAGGCAUUUUUAUUAUCAACCAUGCAACGAAUUAAAUAUGUAUGGUGUUGCUGAAAUUUUUAGAUACCCUAAGUUUAAGUAUUGAACAAAUAAUAUGUAAUAUAUUUUCAAUGUGCCUGAAUUUAUUGUUUUUGAGGUGAUGAGUUGUUUGUUAUCGCAUAUCAUGAACGGACAGUGGAAUAUCAUAUUUAUAGAUGCAAAUACGAUAGAGGUAUAUAAAUUCCUAUACAACUAUUUCUGAAAUGAUAAUAACGCAAAAAUUUCGAUCUUUAUAGUUCUUCGCGAAUUCGUAUAAUUCUUUAUAUUUCAAAGCCAUUCGAGUUAAACAAUGUCUUUAUUGUUUCGUAUGUUCCCUUUCCUUUUACAACAUCAGAGCAUUCUCCUUCAGUAUGUAAUUUAUAUCUACCUAUCGACAGUGUGUUCACUGACAGUGAUUACUAACUUAUGGUAACAGAAAUUGUGGCCACGAAUUUUCAGAAGAUAAAAGUUACGCACACAUUUUUUAACGGCUAUUAAAACACGACAUCGCAUGCCAUAGUUAGAUGUAGAUACAUAUAUACUCACUAAAAGUACAUAGAAAUAUAUUUUAUGUAUAAAAAAAAAAAUGAAUACAUAUA